GUUCCAGCGGCUCUUCUUGCUGCGUGUCAUGCGCCAAGACCGUAUUGGCGCGGCCCUUUCCCAGUUUGUGAUCGACAACCUGGGCCAGGACUUUGUGGAGCAACCGCCGUUCGACAUGGAGAGCUCCUUGGAGGAAUCGACUGCCAUCACCCCCUUCUUCUUUGUGCUCUUCCCAGGCGUCGAUCCUACUCCGACCAUCGAGGCCCUGGGCCGCAAGCUCGGGAAGACUGAGGCGAAUGGUCAAUUGCUGAACAUCUCCAUGGGUCAGGGACAGGAGAAGAUUGCGCUGAACGCCUUGAACAAGAUGGCAAAGGAAGGCGGAUGGAUCAUGUUGCAGAACAUCCACUUGAUGCAAGCGUGGCUGAAGGAUUUGGAGCGAGCGCUUGAGGUCAUCGAGGAGUUCGUUCAUGAUGACUUCCGUUGCUUCUUGACCUCCGAGCCGCCAGGAGUCAUGCAGGGCAAGCUUUGGGAUUUGAUCCCCGAGCCCAUCUUGCAGAGGUGCAUCAAGGUGGCAGAUGAGGCUCCAUCCGAUUUGAAGUCCAACCUGCGCCGUGCCUACUCCAAGUUUUCUCAGGAGAACAUCGACGCUUGCUUGAAGCCUCGAGAGUUCAAGGCCACCUUGUUUGCGCUUUGCUUCUUCCAUUCGCUGAUCUCAGGACGCAUUAAGUUCGGAGCUCAAGGUUGGUCCAAGAAAUAUCCCUUCAACGAUGGUGACUUGACCAUUUGUGGACAAGUCUUGAAGAACUACCUCAACAAUGCGGAGAACCUGGGCACAGAGGUGCCCUGGCCGGACUUGCGGUACAUUUUCGGCGAGAUCAUGUACGGCGGACACAUCACCGAUCCGUGGGACCGCCGUGUGAACAACACCUACCUGGCAGUCUUGGUGACGCCCGAGUUGCUCGUGGGAGGCGCUUUGGCGCCGGGCUUCAAGUCCCCAGAUGCCGCGAAGCUGGAGUAUUCGCACUACGUGAAAUACAUUGAGGAGCGAUUCCCCCCGGAGGUGCCACAGAUGUUCGGAUUGCAUCCCAACGCUGAGAUUGGCUUCCUGACCAAUCAGGGCAUCAGCAUCUUCAAGACGAUCGCGGAUAUCACGGGUGGCGGUGGGGGCGGCGGCAGCGCCGAUAUCUCUGCCUCCACACCGCUCAUCACCAGCUACCUGACCGCGCUGCCCACGAACUUGGACAUGAUAGACAUCCGAGGCAGGCUGAAAGAGGAGGACUACACCCCCUUCAUCAUCGUGUCCCUUCAGGAGGCGGAUCGCGUGAAUGCCUUGCUGGACCAGAUCCGCAGCUCUCUCCUGGAGUUGGAGCUGGGCAUCAGCGGCGCUCUGAACGUGACGGAGAAGAUGGAGAUGCUCUCGGCCGACUUACAGUCCAACAAGGUGAACGCUUUGUGGGCGGAGAAGGCCUACCCCUCGCUGAAGGCGCUCUCCGCGUGGUUCGCCGACCUGGUCUUGCGGCAUGAGCAGGUGGUCGAGUGGACGGCGCAGUUGAAGUUGCUGAAAUCCAUUUGGAUCAGUGGUCUCUUCAACUCCAUGUCCUUCCUGACCUCCAACAUGCAGGUGGCUGCUCGCUCCAAUAGCUUGCCUUUGGACUACAUGACCAAUAGGUGCCGCUUCUACAACACUCGAGAUCUGGCAGAGAUCACAGGUGUGCCGCCACAGGGCGUGAAUGUGCACGGUCUCUUUUUGGAGGGUGCCGGAUGGGAAGAUGGCAAGGGUGAGGACGAGGGCUACAUUACUGAGAGCAAGAUGAAGGACUUGCAUCCAACGAUGCCGGUGUGCAACAUCUUCGCCGUGCACAUUGAUGAGAUGGACUGGACGGCGAUGUACCACUGUCCGGUCUUCUCAACCUCCUUGCGCGGUGCGACCUUCAUCUUCGUCGCGAACGUCCGCAUGGACCCAGAUGACAACGAGUACCGUUGGGUGCUGGCCGGCGCCGCCAUGCUCACGCAGGCGGAUUGAUGCCGGCGACGCCGACCUGGCGAUGCCGUACGAGUUGAAGAGAUGGAACGGCGAGGUUUCGAGGUUUUUCACGGGCCAAGAUUCUUUUCCAAAGUCAAGGACAACGAGAUGCC